AUGCGUCCGUUGAAUUUAAUUAAAACAAUAUUGAUUGAAGGUAAUAUAGGUGUUGGUAAAUCAACAAUUAUGUCACAUAUUGCAUCGAAUUAUUCAUCAAAUCUUGUUCAAGUUCAUCGUGAACCAAUUGAGAAUUGGAUGGAUAUAAAAGGUUUUGAUCUUCUCAAAGCUUUAUAUACAGAAAGUAAUCGAUGGACAUUUACAUUUGAAAUGACAGCACUUUUGUCACGUAUUAAAACUCAUACAAAUGCAAUUCAUAAUCAUCAUAUUCAAAUAUAUGAACGUUCAAUUCUUAGUUGUUUUCAUGUAUUUAUUGAUUAUGAUCGGAAACAAAAAUAUUUAAAUGAUGCUGAAUAUAGAAUUCUUCAAGAUCAUUUUCAAUAUGGUCUAGAAAAAACAAUGGAUUUAUCGUCAACAGUUAUAUUCUAUUUUGAUUUAUCACCGAAGAAAUGUUUAGAACGAAUCAUUAAACGAUCAAGACAAUCAGAAUUAUCUAUUGAUUUAAAGCGUCUUGAACAGUUAAAACAUCAUUAUGAUAAAUUUAUACAAAAUUUUCAUUUGUGUCCAGUGAAAAUUAUUGAUGUAUCACAAUCAAUCGAACAAACAUACCAACAGGUUGAUUCCGUAUUAAAUGAAAUGAUUGUAAAAAAUCAAGAAAAUAGAAUUUGA